AAUAAACUCAAAAUGUCGUCGCUACAAAUGUCCGAGAUGUCCAAGACCUAUCAGUACCGCAAGGUGAUGAAGCCCAUGCUGGAGAGGAAGCGUCGUGCCAGGAUCAACAAGUGCCUGGACGAGCUGAAGGAUCUGAUGGUGGCCACUCUGGAGUCCGAGGGCGAGCAUGUCACCCGGCUGGAGAAGGCCGACAUCCUGGAGCUGACCGUCACCCACUUGCAGAAGAUGAAGCAGCAGCGCCAGCACAAAAGGGCCUCCGGCGAUGAGAGCCUGACCCCGGCUGAGGGAUUCCGUUCCGGUUACAUCCAUGCCGUGAACGAGGUCUCCCGCUCCCUGUCCCAACUGCCCGGCAUGAAUGUCAGCCUGGGCACCCAGCUGAUGACCCACCUGGGACAGCGCCUCAACCAGAUCCAGCCAGCUGAGAAGGAACCCCUGCCCAUCAACGCUCCACUCUCCGUGCAGAUCGCCACCCGGGAUGCCUACUCCGUGCCCAUCUCUCCAGUCUCCAGCUUCGCCGGCAGUCCCAACUCCAAUGCCAGCUCAGCGGUCAGCCACUCCCUGCUGACCACCAUCGAUGUGACCAAGAUGGAGGACGACAGCGAGGACGAGGAGAACGUCUGGCGUCCCUGGUAGAGAGGAUCA